GAAAGCGAAAAAUCAUUACGUGAGCUACAACUAAGAAAAAAGUUAUUGUAUUAUAUAGUGUUAACGACAUCGAAACGAGAAAGCGAGUGAAAAUGAGAAUGACUUGUGAUUUCCACUUGUGGCUGAAUUUGUGACAAAUAUAAUAAAUGCAGUCAAUUGCUAUGUAGAUAUGCUGGAGGGCCCACUGGGCCCUGCUUAUAGCGAACAUACAAACAAGAACAAGAAAUACAACAACAACAACAAACACAAAAAAAAACUUAUACUAAAUAAAUUUCUUUUGCGCCGCAAUCAAAAACGGAAAGGCCAAGAAGAAGCAACAAUUUUUUUUUAACGUCCAAGUCCAACCCGACCCACACAUACGUGAACACACACAUACGCACAUCCCCACACAUUGAAGCACACAGACGGCCAAGACAAGAGACAGCGAAAGAGAAAAGAGACGUAGAAAUCCGUUGAACAAUUGACAAUUUGAUACGUAGAAUUAUGAGACAGGAGGCGAUACCGCUAAUUCACAUACGAAGUUUGGUCAAAUACGUGAACAAGCGAAAUUUUAAUGAAACCAACGAAAGUAUAAAGCAGUUCAUACAAGAUUUCGGCCUCGAGGCGGACCGCAGCGUACUGCGACAUCUGUUCACCGUGCUCAACUUUAGUGAUCCAAAACCGAAUAGCACCUCCCAGUGGCAGGCCAAACUGCUUGGAGCAAUUUUGGAGCGUCAAUUGCAGAGCUCUUCAUUUGUGUCCAGUAUUUGUUUUGCCGUUGAUCAGCAUUUUGCCGCCAACCAAAAGACCGUUAAGCCAACAGAGCUAAUUGGUCAAGUAUCCAGAUUGACUGGCAUUAAUAAACUUUGUGAGUGCAUUUUUGCCUUGGCUGUGACCCAUUCCUCGUAUCCAGAGUUACAGCAAUCGGCCCGUGAUAACUUACGCAGUUCGUUGCCAGAGCUGCUUGAUUCAUAUUUGGGCAAUAACAAUAGAUCAGCAUCGGCUGCAGCCAGUGGUCUGCAAGAUAUCUCAUCUGAUUUAUUGCAAUAUUUGCUAAGUUGCUUAAACGAGUUUGUCACACCGCAACUGGAGGGACAAUUUCUAAAUAAACUACGUGAAGAGUUUCCGCGACAGACGGUGCCCUUAAUAUUGGCCCCGUUUCUAUACGGAACAACGAAAACUACGGCGACGCAGUCGAUUGUAGGAUCAGUGCAAGCAUCACCAGGCGAAACUGAUGCAGAGACGGAGACUGGACCUGGAAUUGAAACAACGACGGCCAGUAGCAGCACAACUAGCAACAAUAAUACCACCGUCACUACAGAUGCGGAUACUUUGAAUGAAGUUGGAAUUGAGGAUAUCUAUGACCAUUUAUGCGAGAUAAUAUUUUCAAGCCAGGGUAAAAAUAAUAUUAUGGACACAUCUUGGAUGAAUUUAAUCCUUGAAAUCGGUUACGACUUUACAUCAAGCGUUGAAGAGUGCAAGAACCAUAUUUCAUCAGGCAGCACUACCCGGGAACGUGGAGCCGACCUACAGCCUAAAGAUGUGGCAAAAAUUGUUGGUCUCAUGUGCCGGCGGCACUCAUCGCUGCUCGAUUGUAAUGUAAAUUUACCGACACCAGGCAAUUUUUGGCCAGGCCAAGGACAAGGAGGUAGCAAUGCUGGUAACAGCGCUUCUGGAGCAGCAUCAUCACAAAAUCAGACACAGCAGCAACAGAAUGCCGGCGGCAGCAGCAGCAGCAACAGUAGCAACAACAAUGAAGGCGGAGCUACUGAUGGCUUAUCCACUGGUUCCAGUGAUAAGAGUGCCAAGGACAAAAAGGAGACGACCGAUGCAACACAGACCUGGAAGCCGGAUGUUUUUGUCCAGGCACUCAAGGAGCUUGUGCCCCAGCUUAACUGGAAAGAUGUUUGCAUGGAACUCGAUCAUCCCGAAUUUAUUCUGAAAGAUCGUAUUGGCCUUGAUUUGCUGUUAACCAUUUUUCGUUUGGCAACCCAAUCGCCAGUUUUUCCACAUCCAGAAUGCAUUUAUCGCUAUUGGGCAAAUAUUGAGGGUCAAUUGUCAUUGAUAACGACAAUUUUAAAGAAUCCUGAUCUCUUUUCCUUUGCCGACUAUGUGUUCAGUCAGCCGUCAUUGGAUGUAUUGAAAACGGCACCCGAUGCUGACAACAAGGAGAUAGCAGCAUGGAAAUCCAUGCAUUUGAUCGAACUACUGCUCUCUAUUGCCGACAAGGGUUAUUAUACACAGGUCCAUGAGCUUUUCAAAUUCCCAGCACAGAAUUGCCCCGAUGUCCUAUUCCUGGCACUCCUGCAAAUCAGUCCCCCGCUGACGCCGUUGCGUCAGGAUCUCUUUAAUCAGUUGAUACCCACCUUUUUGGGCAAUCAUCCCAAUUCAAAUGUGAUACUGGCCAGCGCCUGGAGCUCUACGAAUUUCGUGCUGCGUCCAAAUAUUAUGAAUGCUAUGUCCGAAUGGUAUCUUAGGGGCGGUGAGUUUGAUCAGGUGAAAUUAUCACGUAUCCUUGAUCUCGCCCAGGAUUUGAAGGCGCUGUCGUCGCUCCUUAAUGCUCGAUCCUUUUUGUUUAUAAUCGAUUUGGCGUGCCUUGCGUCGAGGCGAGAGUAUUUAAAGCUAGAGAAAUGGCUAAGCGAUAAGAUUCGAGAGCAUGGCGAACCAUUUAUGCAGGCAAUGAUCAAAGUAAUGCAAAGGCGAUGCCCCCAAGUGGCCAAUGCGAAAAUUCCAGAAGAUCAGUUGCCACCCAAGCAGGCUCAACUCUUGCCCGAAACAGUGACCACAAUGAUCAAUUGCCUGCAGUCGUGUAUCAAUAGCUGCAUGCAGCCGGAAAUGCCCGAGAUUAUUAUGCAAAUGACAGCCAAUAUGGCUAUAAUGGCAACUAAAGCACGUGCCCAGCAACAGCAGCAGCAGCAGCAACAACAACAGCAGCCAGGAGGUCCACAAGUGGGUCUAGUGCCGCCGGUGCCACCGCCAAAUAUCCUACGUGGCCAUCGGGGUAUGGAUUUACCCGGAGGCAUUGUACCAGGAUCUGGUCCACCACCAGUGCCGCCGCCGCAGCAACAGCAGCCAUCAUUCUCAGGAAAUUUAAAUGCUCAGCAAAUGUUUGGACCCGGCAUGGAUCCCCUUACAAAUAUGUCUAACAAUCUAUCUGGACUCAAUUUGGGCGGCGGUCCAAAUGGAGCGUUCAACUUUAACAACAUGCUGAAUAACUUGGUUUCUACUACUCCAGCAUCUCCAUCAAGACUUAUGAAUCCAGGCGCUAGUCCAUAUCCAUUGAAUCCUAUGCAAAUGCCACCGGCACCACCGCCUCAAGUAGGACCAAAUUUGGGAAGAAUGCUCCCGUCUGGACCACCAACAAAUCCACAACAGCAACCCACACCGACGCCACCAAAUCCCAACAAUCCAGUUAUGGGUGAUCUACAAAUACCUGUCUCAAAGGAAGUGGAAGAUGAGGUCAAUUCAUAUUUCCAACGUAUCUACAAUCAUCAGCCAAAUCCAACGCUUUCCAUCGAUGAGGUCUUGGACAUAUUGCAGCGUUUCAAAGAGUCCUCCAGUCGCCGGGAACAGGAUGUGUUUCUGUGCAUGCUUCGGAAUCUGUUUGAAGAGUAUCGCUUCUUUUGCCAGUACCCGGAGAAGGAAUUGCAAAUCACAGCCCAACUCUUUGGCGGCAUUAUCGAUCGCAAUCUAGUGCCGACUUUUGUGGCCUUGGGUCUAUCGUUACGAUGUGUUUUGGAUGCAUUACGCAAACCCGAUGGUUCUAAACUCUAUUAUUUUGGAGUCACAGCUCUGGAUCGGUUUAAGACCCGUUUGCAUACGUACAACAAAUAUUGCGAACAUAUCCGUUCCAUACCCCACUUCAAUGACUUUCCGCCGCAUCUGAUUCAGUAUGUGGAAUAUGGUAUCCAUGGCCAGGAGCCUCCACCACAGAAAUUAAUUGGUCUAAGCAAUACUAUACCAUCGGUGCUAGCUUCUGCAGGAGCGGGAGGGGCUGCAGAACCACCACUUUAUAGGACCAAUGCAAUGCCCCCGGCUACAAUUCCACCGGGCGCUGGUGGUAGUGGCGCUGUAGCAAUCGGCCAAAAGACUUCGCUUGUUGUCUCCCAUGCCACACGGAUGAAAUCCAUAGCCAAUGCCACAAAUAUAGACACAUUGCUGGUGGCAAAUCAGGAGGAGAAGGUGACUGUGCCACCGGAGCCAGUGCAGGAUAAGACAGCUUUCAUUUUCAACAAUCUUAGCCAAUUGAAUAUACCCCAGAAAUGUGAUGAGAUCAAGGAGAUUAUGACCAAAGAGUAUUGGCCUUGGUUGGCUCAAUAUCUGGUGCUGAAGCGUGCUUCCAUGGAGUUUAAUUUCCAUACGCUUUACUACAACUUUCUGGAUGCUCUGAAAAACGGUGAAAUCAAUCGAUUUGUGACCAAGGAGACAUUGCGCAAUAUUAAAGUCUUGCUACGCUCGGACAAGGGUGUCAUCAAUUUCUCAGAUCGCAGUUUGCUCAAGAAUCUGGGCCAUUGGUUGGGCAUGAUGACAUUGGGACGGAAUCGACCCAUUUUGCAAUUGGAUUUGGAUUUGAAAUCCCUGCUUGCCGAGGCCUAUCAUAAGGGACAGCAAGAGUUACUCUUUGUGGUGCCAUUUGUGGCAAAGAUUCUCGAAUCAUCGGCAAAAUCGAGAAUCUUCCGUUCACCCAAUCCCUGGACCAUGGGCAUUAUGUAUGUUCUUGGUGAAUUGCAUCAGGAGCCAGAGUUAAAAUUGAAUUUGAAAUUUGAAAUUGAAGUUUUGUGCAAGACACUCAAUCUGGAGCUGGCCAAGCUAAAGCCAGUGAUCUACCUGAAGGAUCCCCAACGAGCUUUGCUUAUUGAGCAGCAAAUGUCGCAGCCAAAGCCCAAACAACAACAACAGCAGAUAGAACAACAGCAGCAGCCAGUGCCCGUAGUAGCACCACCGCCAGUGGUACCACCACCACAGCAGCAACAACAGCAGCAGCCACCACCACCUCAACAGCAACAACAAGCACAAGCACCGCCUCCACCUCAACAGCAGCAGCAGCAGCAAGUACCACCGCCCACCGAUGUGGACGCACAGGCAGCAGCAGCUGCCGCCGCAGCCAUGAUGAUGAGUGGAGCAAAUAAUAAUUCGGGUUCAGUGGCUUCACCCAAUCUUCCAGCAGAUCCCAGUCAAGUGAUUUUGCCGCCACCCGAGCCGCGUUACUCUUAUGUUGAUGUGAAUGUGAGCAAUUUCCAAUUGAUUGCCCAGCAGUUGGUCCUACCACCCAAUAUACCAUUUCUGCACGCCAAUCCCGGCAUCAAACACAUUGUGGUCAAUGCCAUGGAGCGCACAAUUACCGAUUGGCUUCAGCCGGUGGUAGAUCGCAGCAUAAGGAUUGCCUGUGCCACCACCGAACAGAUUAUACGCAAAGAUUUCGCUCUCGAUGCGGAUGAGAAUCGCAUGCGGACCGCUGCUCACCAGAUGGUACGUAAUCUAGCUGCCGGCAUGGCCAUGAUAACGGGCAAAGAUGAGAUUGCUCGGGCCAUAAGUCAAAAUUUGCACAAGGCCUUCAUUUCACCAUUGACUGGAAUGCCAAGUGUGCCAGAAAUUCAGGCCGCCUGUGCUCAGCUAGCCAAUGAAAAUGUUGAAUUGGUCUGCGCCUUCAUUCAAAAGACAUCCGCUGAGAAGUCAGCCCUUGAGAUUGAUCGACGUCUAUCCACAGACUUUGAGACACGCAAAAUUGCCCGCGAAGAAGGCAAUCGGUUUGUGGAUACGCAAAUUCUAAACUACCAGCAGGAGCGCCUGCCCGAGGCAGUGCGUCUAAAGGUGGGCCCCGCCCCGGCUCCCCUGUUUGCGGUCUAUUCGGAAUUUGCCCGCAGCAUUCCGGGAUUUCAACAGAUGAGUGAUAGGGAUAUUGCUCUGUUCACACCCAAGCCGCAGGAUCUGCCACCACCGAAUGUGUUUGCCAAUGAUGAGAGCAGCAUGGUCUAUGCCGAGGUGGCUGGUAAAAUGGAAGCCUUCAUGAACACAGCCAUCAAUAUGCCCACUCUUCAGUUGCAGGCAAGCAAGAUGCAUAUGCUCCUUAAUGCCCUGAUGGCCACUCGUCGUUUGCGUGACCAUGAGUCCGCUUUCAAUCUCCUGACCCGAGCAGUGGAGGGCCUUACCGAGGGUUUGGUCAAUGUGCAAGAUCACAUGGAGCAGAUGAAGCUCUAUCGGGACAUACACUUGAGAAUUCUCAGCUUGUUGCACAACAGCUUCGGUGCCCCCAACACUGAGCGGGCCGUCACAAAGUGUUUCUUUGAUAUACGCGAAGAAGUUCGUUACAACGUGGAAGCGGCUCGUGCCCUGAUCACUUCACAUUUUGUGAAUCUUAAUCAAUUCGAUGGCAUGCUGCGAGAUUGCAUGGAGAAUGGCAAUAAUUAUGUGGCCAUAUCGUUUGGCAUUGCUCUGCUAGAGCGCUUGAUUAUGGAAGAUCGGGCCAUUAAUAUUGUUUCCGAUAAUGAAUUCAUGGCAACUGUCGAAUUGUUGGGCAGAUUGACUCAGCAUCGGCAUCGUUAUCCCGAGUGUAUAGUGAAUGCCAUCGAGACACUGUGGUCGGGCAAUUUCAAUAAUACCAACGACUACAGUCCAUUCAACGCCAGCGAACGUUACUUGGCUGGAGCCUCCACUUACAUACACUCUGGCAUGCAUCAUGUAAGGUCAUGCGACACAGAUGAUCCACCUGGUUUGCAAGAGAAGACCGAAUUUCUACUCAAGGAUUGGGUAGCUCUUUAUACACAACAGAAUCAACAGACCAAUCGAGAUGCUCGCAAUUUCAGCGCCUUUGUCCAAAAGAUGAACACCUAUGGCAUACUGAAGACAGACGAUCUGAUUACACGAUUCUUCCGUCAGGCCACACACAUUUGCACGGAUGUUGUGUAUCGCAUGUUUGCCGAGCCAACACUUCCCAUUAAUCAGGCCAAGAACAAGAUAUUCCAAUGGAUCGAUGCAUUUGUCCAUUUAAUUGCCAUGCUGGUGCGUCACUCUGGCGAAGCUGGCAAUCCGACAACAAAAAUCAACUUGCUCAAUAAGGUAUUGGGCAUUGUAUUGGGCACACUGCUCAAGGAUCACGAGAUGCGUGGCGUUGGUUUCCAGCAGGUUGGCUAUCAUCGAUUCUUCAUGAUGCUCUUUAUGGAAUUAUGUUCGGCUGAUGUCGUUAUGGAGUCCCUGAUGCAUAGCAUUGUGUCGGCCUUUGCCUAUACCUAUCACCUGCUGAAUCCAAGUGUGGCUCCUGGUUUUUGCUUUGCCUGGCUGGAGCUCAUUUCCCAUCGUGUCUUCCUGGGACGGAUUCUCGUCCAAAUACCCGGACAAAAAGGUUGGCCAUUGUAUGCCCAAUUGCUGCAGGAUCUCUUCAAGUAUUUGGCCCCAUUCCUGCGUAAUACCGAAUUGGGCAAACCCGUUCAAUUGCUCUACAAAGGAACGCUGCGCGUUCUUCUUGUUUUGCUCCAUGAUUUCCCUGAAUUCCUGUGUGAUUAUCACUUUGGCUUCUGUGACACCAUUCCACCCAAUUGUGUCCAAAUGCGCAAUAUUAUAUUGUCGGCCUUUCCACGGAAUAUGCGACUACCCGAUCCUUUCACACCCAAUCUUAAGGUGGACAUGCUCUCGGACAGCAGCAAUGCUCCCAAGGUCCUUAGUAGCUACAUUAUGAACAUUCAGCCACCCAACUUUAAGAAGGAUCUGGAUUCAUAUCUAAAGGCCAGAGCGCCGGUCACCUUCCUAUCGGAAUUGCGUGGUCAUCUGCAGGUCACAAGUGAACCAGCAACGCGCUACAACAUGACCCUAAUGAAUGCUCUCGUCAUGUAUGUGGGCACACAGGCCAUAGCUCUCAUCAGAAACAAAAACUUUGUACCCAACACAUCAAAUAUUGCCCAUAGCGCACACAUGGAUAUUUUCCAGAAUUUAGCUGUCGAUCUGGAUACCGAAGGACGUUAUUUGUUCCUCAAUGCCAUUGCCAAUCAAUUGCGUUAUCCAAACAGUCAUACGCACUACUUUAGUUGUGCGGUCCUUCAUCUGUUUGCCGAAGCCAAUUCAGAGGCCAUUCAGGAGCAAAUUACACGUGUUCUGCUCGAGCGUUUGAUUGUUAAUCGUCCACAUCCAUGGGGAUUGUUAAUCACCUUCAUUGAGCUAAUCAAGAAUCCGAUUUACAAAUUUUGGGAUCAUGAUUUCGUCCAUUGUGCACCGGAGAUAACCAAACUCUUCGAAUCUGUGGCCCGUUCAUGUUUGGCCAAAUCGGGUGUGAAUCAACAGCUCAACAUGGCCGUUGUUGAUGGCGAGAAUCAGGAGGUGGUCAAUAUUAACUGAGAAAACGCUACAGUUCGACGCUUUUGUCUGGAGGUCUGUGCCCAGAGACGUAGACAUUACCAGCAUCAUCAUCUUCAUCUUCACCAAGAACAACCAAGGCCGGCCAAUUAUCUCACAAUUGAAUGAAGUGUGUGUGUUUAUAGUUUUUUAGUGAUUGGUAUUUUGCGUUUUCUUUUUUAAGUAAACAGUGGUAUUUACAACAACAACAAAAGAAAAAGGGGAAAAAGAAACAUCAACAACAACAACAGCAACAGCAACACGGAUGAGAAAUCAAGGCCUCGAGGAGAAUCAAGAACAAUCGAAAGAAGAAAUCCGAGAACCAAAAAAAACGAUGCAAAUUUUGAAUUGAAUUGUAUUAUAUAAAGAAAUAUACGAAUUAGGGAUAAAUGGAUGGAUUUAUGUGUAAAAAACAAAAAAAAAAACAAAAACAAAACGAGAAAAACA